AUGUUGCUCACCAAAAAGUACUGGGUCUUUCUUCCUUUCCACGCGUGUCUGGCCUUGGCGUCUGCUCCGAGCGGUCCAUGGGACGCUUUCAACUUUGCUCCAGAGAGUCGCUUGGUUCGUCCUACGGCGAUCUUCAAGACGGAAGGCACAAUCCAAAAUUCCUCGGCACUUCUCACGGAGGCGGAUGGAGCUAUGAUUUCUGGGAAUAAUUCGUGGGUUACGCUGGAUUUUGGGAAGGAGAUCGGAGGAUUGAUCUCAUUGAACGUCGACUCUCACACAUCCGAAAAUAGUUCAUUAUCACUUUCGUUCACGGAAUCACCACUAUUUAUCAGUCCGACGACUUCUGAUGACUCUGUUCGGUCUGUUGCGAGUGAGAAUUAUGAUGGUGUCUUACCACUCCCCGCGCCUCUCCCUUCAGGCCAUUGGACAAUUCCAAAAGAACGUCUCCGAGGAGGCUUCCGGUUCCUUACGAUCGUCUCGAACGAUGCUUCGGACGUGACGAUCAGCAACGUCUCUUGUGCAAUAACGUUUGCUCCUCACGUUGAGAAUCUUCGAGACUAUGCAGGAUACUUUUACGCCAAGGACCCGGUUUUUCAUGACGAAGACUUUUUGACGAAAGUUUGGUAUGCGGGAGCGUAUACUGUUCAAACUAACGUGCUUGCUGCGGAUGAAGGUAGACAACCUGAUGUACCUUCUCCUGGUUGGGCAAAUAAUGCGACUAUUGGUAUCGCUAGCCCAGUUUUUGUUGAUGGAGCGAAGCGCGACAGAGACAUUUGGCCCGGCGAUAUGGGUAUCGCAGUCCCUGCUUCAUUCGUCUCGACUGGCGACCUCCUGCCAACCAAAAACUCACUCGCAACGCUUUACGCGUACCAAGAUCCAGCAACAGGAGGUCUACCGUACUGCGGACCUCCACUAUGCGCAGUCGGAGGAGACGUGAACGUCGCGAGUGAUACGUACCACGCUUGGGCACUCAUUGGCAUGUAUAAUUAUUUCUUGUAUACCGAGGAUUUGCCAUUCUUGCAGAACUUAUGGACGAACUACACAAAAGGCGUUCAGUUCCUUGAGAAUAAAGUUCAACCUUCAGGCUUGAUCAACAUUUCUGAUACAGCAGAUUGGUCGUUGGUUACGCGAGGAGGGGAAGAUUCAGAAGGAAAUGCAUUGUAUUACAAGGUCUUGACGAAUAGCGCACAACUAGCUACCUAUCUCAACGAAACAGAACUUGCGUCAGGAUGGUCAGCCAACGCUUCAGCUCUCAAGGGAACAUUCAACGACGCGUUCUGGUCAGAUGAAUUGGGGAUGUACACGGAUAACGCAACUACGAACUUCGUCCCGCAAGAUGGCAAUUCCUUGGCUGUUUUGUUCAACCUCACCAAUACGCCUGAGCAAGCUGACUCGAUUAGUCGAGGACUUACGAUAAACUGGAAUGAUAUCGGAGCUGUUUCUCCUGAGUCACCGGAUACUAUUUCUCCUUUUAUCGGUGGCUUUGAGUUGCAGGCACAUUUCAUCUCUGGAAAUGGUGAACGAGCACUAGACUUGCUUCGUCGUGAGUGGGGCUAUAUGCUUUACACCAACAUCAGUGUACAAUCGACAUUACUGGAAGGAUACACGACGAAUGGAUCCCUUGGUUAUCGUGCAGCCCUCGGGUACAAUUACGACUACUCGUAUACUUCACACGCUCACGGAUGGAGCACAGGUCCUACCUCUGCACUUACAUUCUUCGUCCUCGGCUUGCAAGUUACAGAACCACAGGGUUCGUCAUGGACUCUCGUGCCCCACUUUAGUGGCCUGUCUGCUGCACAGGGAGGAUUCGCAACUGCACUCGGGUGGUUUGGCGCAUCAUGGGAGAUAAAUGGACAGAAGAUCACAAUCAGUGUCUCGACGCCUUCGGGAACUAAGGGCAUCAUAAAUAUUCCUGUCGAUGGGAAGACUGCAGAUGUUAGCGCUUCAAGCGUUAUUGUGGACGGAGGGAAUCAUACGGUUAUUGCAAGCAUGAACUGA